AUGGACGUGAAUACAACGUCUUCUACGGACUCAAUCGAAAAACUUUAUGCUGAAAUAGCACAAAAGACAGCUGAAGCAAUAGCUGCUGCAGGACUACCAUCAUCUGAUAAUAAUGGAUUAUCUAUCAAACAUUCUCUUCCACAAUUGCCACGUUAUCAACCACCACCUCCUUCACCACCACGUCCUCGAUUUCCAUUAUCACAAAGAGAUACUAGAAGGGCGUGUCGAAUGUUUUUUCCCACAUCAGGUCAUAUGGGAUUUGAUACAGUUAAAUCGUCAGAUGAACUACCUCCGCUUGAAGUAGUUCGCGAAAUGAUUCUCUAUGAAACACGUCUUCGUUUGUCUGAUUCAAUUCAAAAACUCAUGGAUAUAUAUCACACUGAUGAAUGUGCUGUUGCCUAUGUACAUGAUCUUAUUCAACAACAUGUCGUGGAAUAUUUCGGCUAUCAAGAUGUUAAUGCAUUACGCACAGCUUUGCAUCGAUUUCCAGAUGAUCCUAUUGUUAAAGAGGCUUUUUAUGUUAAAUACAACAAAAUUUCACAAGGUGUAGUCCAACAGGGUCAAUGUGCUCGAGAUAUCAAUUUGUAUACAAUAGAUGGUCAAUCAACGAAUCUUUUUUCACAAAUUUUAGCUGGUCAACCAUUAAUUAUAUUGGCUGGCUCAACUACAUGA